CUACUCGACCGAAGAUGCACCCAGAAGAGAUACAAAAGAAGCUGGACGAGAGGAAGGCACGUGCCGCGUCACGUGGUUUCACCCACGAGUAUCAGAACGCGCGGGAACAAGUGGUCAAUACUAUCUGCCAUAAGCAACUCGCUCCAGCUACGCUCCGCAACUAUGAGAACACAGUGUUAAACUGGGCACUAUGGAGACUUUCUCGUAAUGAAGCGACAAACGCCAACUUCUCCAAAGAGGAGCCCGAUCCCACCCCGCAGCUGUUGAAAUCCUUUGCAGAAGACUACAUUGCCACAAGGAAAAAAUUGCCCUCACAGAAAUCUGCAUGUCUGAACUUCAUCAAUUUCACGUCGAGGUGGGAGCGAGAAACUUCUCGCUCUCUACCGGGCCCAGUUAAGGAAGAUGUUCUCAACUACAUCAGGCAGGACCUGACUGUCAAGUAUAAGCUUACAACAAAGCCGCGGGAACGAUACAUGGUUACAGCUAAGGAUAUAGACUACCUUCUUCGUGGCCUAUUCGGGGACGAUUGGCAUGACUAUAGACACGAGCGGGCUCGGCACCUCACUUUUAACAUGAAAUGGAGCUCGAAAGAUGGUGAGCUCAAACGUUGGGUGACGAUUGAUCCUCAGUUCCUGAAAGGAAAGCGUUAUAAAGACGACGGAUCUUUACCCAAGAAUUGGUUCAGGGAAAACCCGAUCCUCGGAUUCAACUUUGUGUUCUGGGUCAUAGUGCAUGGCGUCGCCGAUGGUGCCUUCAAGGGACUCAGGACGGCAGAAGAAGUUCUGGCAGUAAGACCCCCGAAAGGAAGGGAAUCGUAUACACUUGAAUGGGAUGAGGGGAAAAGAGGACUCCCUUUUUUUAGGAUGGUAACCCCGGAUGGUCCCCUUCCCACAAGGGCAUUGACAUUCUCCUCUCUGCGGCAUAAUUUUACGAGCCUGGCUCAGCGAGAGUGCUUCAAAGACCAGCUGCGUGUGCAUGGAAUUCGUGCGAAUGUUGCGAAUUGCAUCGAUCCCAAGGCUUCGGAAGCCACUCGUGGCCAGGCCCUCGACCAUCAGAAUCAUGAUACCUACAUCAAAUACCAAUCUGUGCUAAAGUCAUUGGAUAUUCAGGCCCUUGUCUAUGACUUGGAGCCAGAUUAUGAAUGCCGAAACAUGGAGCAAAGUAUGGCUCACCAUCGAGACCCCAAUGCCCCAAUGAAACUGGACGCAGCUUCUAUCGACGUAUUCGAGAAUACAGACGAAAUCAAAAUGAUAAAUGAGAAAAUCCAUCUCUUGACGUCUCAGAUGUCGGGUCAGCCUCUAAUGCAUCCUGAUCUUGAUGCUGAGCGCACAAGUCUCUACAGCAAGAAAUCAAAGCUGCGCCUAGCUUGGAAAAAGAAUUUUAUACAAGAAUGGUGGCACUCUGCCUACGACGAAUACAUAUCUGGAAAUGAAUUCACCGAGCGUGAUAAAACAUCCCUAUUUCAGAUAUUCAAGAAAUACCUCCCAGAGCGCGCAAGGCUUCGAGAAGCACUUUUUAAAGAGGCUACAUUGGAUAGCGUCAUCGGGCGACAAUGCCUGGAUGAUAUGGUCAAACUCUGUAUAUCCACGGAGCGCGUGGUAUACUAUCCAGGACUCUAUCCAGUGGAGAAUUGCUGUCCAUUCUGCUCCAUGCCUAUUCUAGAACAAUCUUUGGGUGGCUCACCGUACCAACAGCGCUAUGGCAAUGGGAAGCGUGCACAUCGGCGGGUACAGCGUAAUUUUGUUCAAUUCUGCUAUCUUUGUGCAAAUAUCUGCUGCGGUGAAGGAGAGUGGAAGACCCAUUGUCAAACACAUCUGAAUGAACUACAUCCUCGAUGUGGUAUUUUAACGCUCCGUUAUACCCUUGUUGCACCUGGCUUCUGUCCAUUCUGCUUGGGCGAUGAAGGGAAAGAACCGGAUGAGAGGUUUCAACAAUGGCUGGUCAAGUCAACACUUCUCAAUCACAUCGACAGCCAUUUUGAGGCUUUGAAAGCUUCAACUACAUUCAUCUGUCCACAUCCAUGCUGCCAGGAAAGGGAUUAUCAUGACACCUCGGGCCUUCGUCGCCAUUUCUUCGACGCCCACUCCAUUGAAGAGCCUCGUUCCAAUUGUAUCAAACGAAAAAGGAAGUGGCAGGAGGAACCGGAACUCGAUCUUGAAAUCAAGGAUUCCCAGACUAGUUACGUUCCUGCAGAUAGCCAAACAUCUUCCAUACCAGAGGAGAGUGAUGGCCUACAGAGCUUUGAAGACACAAGCAUGUUUGACAUGGAAGAACUCAUGGAGGAGUUUACGCAUUACAAUAAUCAUCAGGUACAUCGUGAAGAGAAAGAAGCCUGCGCAUGA